AAAGAAUAAUUUCUGAUUUUCUGGGAAGAAUCUAAUGCUGUUUUUUUUUACCCCAGUACCAUAUCACAAUCAACCAAAGAAUGCAGCAGCAGCAGGAGUAGAUCAAUUCUAAUUCCAUGGCAGAAGCAGUUCUUAGUAUCGUGGCAGAGGGAGUUCUGGGCAAGCUGUUUUCCCUAGCGGCAGAAGAGCUAUGCUCCCUUUGGGGUUUCAAGAAGCUGGAGAUGAUCCAAGCUUUGAUGAUCGAUGCGGAGAGCAAGCAAACCGGUUCCAUGACCGUACAGUUCUGGAUCAAGAAGCUCAUGGCCGUCUCUUUCGAAGCCGACAACGUCUUAGAGGAAUUCGCCUACGAAAUCUCCAAGCAGAAACAAGGUUCCAAUCCUAUCCAAGCAGAAACAAGGUUCCUGAUUGGCUCUGCACCCUCUCCUCCAUUCAGUCAAUGUGCUUUACGUUAUGUGCGUCCCUUGCGUAUCUACCGUCUGUCGAAGCAAUGCGGCCUCUCAAGAAUUUACAGAGGUUUGAAAUCAUUGUUUGCCCUCUUCUUGAAGAGAGGUGCUUUGAGGGGGGACGCCCUGAGUGGCACAAGAUAUCCCACAUUGCUAAGCGGGAAGAACAGAAUUGGCGUUUGGACCCCGCAAGGGCUGCGGCCGCCCAUAACACUUGGCCUUCCUUCCCGAAUCUGGGUCUGCCCAGUGCCAACUACAGCCAUAAACAUUAGUUUGAGAAUGAACUUCUUUGAUUGUGCUGAUCUGUAUAUUGGUUCUGUUUCAGAUGGUCGAGUAUGGAAUCUUGCUGUCUCUUUGGAUAGUUGAAAGGGGAUGUUUGGCAACUUCUGAAUAGGUAAGUGCUGAAGCAGUAUGAGAUCUGAACCAUUAAGUGCUGAACCAGUAAGAGGUCUGAACCAUUAAGAGCUAGUAUAUUGCUUAAUUAUUCAGAGGCAAAUGUCUGAACAAUUCAGAUAAGAGGUCUUAACCAUUCAGACUUUGUAUAAUAUUUAACCAUUCAGAGGCAAAUGUUUGAACCAUUCAGACAUCUGCUCACGAAACAAAUAGUUUAAAUCAUU